GGAGACACUGACAGCAGGUCAGAGCUCACAUCAGCAGCAGCCACAGCAUUCACUCACCCAACAUCAGGGAUGGAGAAAUCUGUGUUACGCAUGUUGCUUGUCUUCUCAGGGCUCAGCAUCCUCCCCUCAUGUCUCUCUUUCCAUUAUGAGUAUGUGAAUGAGAAUAAGACCUGGACUGAAGCACAGAGGAUCUGCAGAGAGAAAUACACUGACCUGGCCACCUUUGAUGACCCUGCAACCAAACCUUUAAAAGGUCUUUCACAUGUCAGAGCGUGGAUAGGGCUGUCUCACGGCUCUUGGAUGUGGUCCCUUGAUGAUACAAUGUUAAACGACAGUUAUACUAACUUCAAAAACUAUGUCAGCAAAUCUGCAGAAUUGGAUGAAAACAAGACCUGUGUGAAAAUGAGCCCCAGAGUGUGGGAUAAAAUCUCAUGUUCAGCCAAUAUUCCUUUCGUCUGCUAUGACAGAAACGUUACAAGUAAUUACAUCUGCAUCGGUGAGAAUAAGACAUGGGAUGAAUCUCGAAGCUACUGUCGGGCAAAUCACACAGACCUGGCCAGUGUGAGAAACAAGACAGAGGAGAAUGCAACAGUCCAUGCACGAGACAAUGAGCCUUGUAGUAAUGAAUAUUGGAUUGGCCUGAGUAGAGUGAAGUGGCAAUGGUCUGACCAGAGUGUCUUUCACAUCCAAAACUGGGAAGAUAAAGAGCCUAAUGGAGGAGACACAGAGAAGUGUGUGGAAAUGUCCGGUAAAACUGGACAAUGGAAUGAUGAAGCAUGUGACAAGACCAAACCUUUCAUCUGCUAUGAUGAUGACCUGGUCCUGGGUGCGUGA